GCUGUAUUUAGAAAAUAUUUUAUUAGUUUAUCUUGACGCCGAUUAGAAGAAAUUCGUUAUGCCAUGUAUUGUUCCUACGUGUCUCCGCAGCGAGCAAAACAUGAUAUCGUUUCCCGGCGAUCAAACACUUGCCACGAGAUGGUUUGAUGCGAUCGAGAUUGGCUGCGGUUACUCGAUGCAAAUAGCUUCGACCGAGCCUCAUCCGGAAAUAUGCAGCCUGCAUUUUACAUUUUCGAACGGAACUGCAUGCAGCUACGAAGAGCCAUCCAGGUUUAUACAUAGCGAUGAAAACUGCAUAGAAAUCAGCGGUUGCAGAUUGUGCUUGACCUUUUACCCGAGCAAGGAAAUGGUAGCUAUUGGAGGCACUGCGGGCGAAAAAAGAGUUGCAUCUCUACUUGCUGCAACGGGUAUAAAUUUUCAUGAAAGUAAUUUUUUGCAAUUGAUUUGCAUACAGUGCAUUGCUCAGAUAGAGAUAUUUGUAAGACUUCAAACAAACUUUACUCAAUCUGAGCUAGGUUUUCAGAAUCUGCAACAGAAAUGUCAAAACUCAGUUCAAUUCCCGACCAUCAAAGUAGAGGUUAAGGAAGAAUUACUGAUUGACCAAAAUCUGGUUGUCAGUCCAGACACUAGCGAUCACGAAUGCAUGCCAAUAGUUGACCACGAUCAUGUAAGUCAAAAUGAGCAACUUCUCGAGGAGCUAACAGACAAAGUUUCCAGUAAAUCCCAGACUACGAACAUCAAAAAAGUCAAAAAGAAAACGAUUAACUUGAGAGAAAAAUUAGAGCGAACAUGUUACAUAUGCAAUACAGUGCAAUCCGAUGCCAAUCAGUUGAUGGUUCAUCUUAUAGAAACACAUACCUCAGACACGGGCUAUCGAUGCGAUGAAUGCUUACUGAACUUCCCAUUGUUAAACAUGUACAAUCGUCAUCUUAGCCGGCACAACGAAUCGCAGCUGCCGAUCAAGUGCAAUGUCUGUUCUAUGCGAUAUUCGUCUAAUUACUUGGCUAAACUACACGAAAAUAAAGCGCACGGUGCAAGUCAUACAGUAAAACGAUUCGAGAAUAAAUUACGAGAAAAGGUCUGCGAUAUUUGUGGAAAAUUGAUGGACAUUCGCAGGCUUAAAGAGCACAUUCAACAGGUACACCAGAAGGAAUCCCACCCGAAAUGUGAUAUAUGCGACAAAUCUUUCGUGACGAGGGGAACUUUUAGACGGCACAUGCUUACUCAUGUAAAACCGAGACCCUACAGUUGUGACCAGUGUGAUGAAACCUUUCGUCGUCUGCUCGAUUAUCGGCACCAUAAAAGUAUUGUUCACGAUGGCAUAAACCCACACAUUUGUUCUGAAUGUAGUCAAGAGUUUAAAAACUACCAUCAGCUAUAUGUUCACAAGCAAGAAAUUCAUCAAAAAAAUCCCAAAACAGUAGGACAAAAUCAAAACUUUCCUGGGUCCGGUCGCUAUAAACAGUGCGUAACUUGCGCGAUCUGCCGGAUGCGAUUUCCCAAAAGCAGUGAGCUAAUAGAUCAUGUUCAAAGCGUACAUAAAGAAGAACAAUAUCCAAUGCUCAAAUGUCCGCAUUGUCCGAAGACAUUUGUUUCGUCGAUGCAAUUGUCCAACCACAAGCAAAUUCACUCCGGGAAGCAUGACUGCCCGGAAUGCGGCGCGAGUCAUAUGACCAAGAAAUUGCUUCAAUACCACAUGGAUAUCAAACACUCUAAUGGGCGCGUGUACGACUGUUCCGAUUGUUCUGCAACAUUCACCAGUUUACGCCAGCUUAAUCUUCACGAAGUUUUGCACACCAAGGGGAAACAGCAUCAGUGCGAAUUCUGUGAAAAAUCGUUUCUUCGAAGGUUUCAACUAGUGAUUCAUACAAGAAUUCAUACGGGUGAGAAACCGUUCGAGUGCGCUGGAUGCUUAAAGCGAUUCGGCGACGACAGAACUUUUUGUAAGCACAAAAAACACUGCCAACCGCUGCUUGACAAGAAAAUGGCUGAAUCGAAGGGUGCAGAGGAAGCUGAUAGUUCUUCGCAAACGAGUGCAAAAGAGUUUUCCCCCUCAACGUAACAACUUGAAAAAUAGAGCAAAAUCACGACGUUGAAGAGCAUUGCGGAAUACCUUUGCAGACCACAAGCCAAUAAAGAAGAAUAAAAGCGCUAAAUCACAAUUUAUAAUUCAGGGAACUAAGGAGCUUGCUAAAGCAGUACACUACCUUCCAUUGCAUGACAGAAACUGCCUGAUAAUUAAAACGAAAAAGAGCUGUUGAAUGAUCGAGAAGUUGAAAGAGAAAGUUGAAAUCUUAUGUUAUUGAAUUGCAGCAGUCCAGUUUUGAACCAAAAA